GUUUUGUGUUAAAUGUAGCUUUUAAAAGGGAACGCUGACUAUGGAUUAGGAAAUGAUGAAGAUUUUACCAGGAAACAGGAUUCUUUGGACUUUUCUUCUCCUGCUGUGCUGUUUACUGUGUGCAGCUGGAGACGAGACGGUCACACUGCAGGAAGUGGAAGGAACCACUAUAACUCUCCAUACUGGGAUAACUGGGAUUCAAAGUGGUGCUCAGAUUCUGUGGUUUUAUGGACCUAAGAAAGCAGAGGAGAAGAUAUUAAACAGUCAGGUGUUUAAAGGAGAAACUGUUACAGAAAUCCAUGAGAAAUUUAAAAAGCGACUGCAGCUGGACAGAAUCAGUGGAGCUUUAACCAUCAGGAACAUCAGCAGGAAUCAUUCUGGAGUUUAUUUAAUACACGUUAUUAAUGGAGGUCUCUCAUCUAGGACUUUCAGUGUCAGUGUUUAUGCUCCAGUAUCAACUCCAGUAAUAAGAAAUCAAAGAGAAAAUCAAACUGUUUCCCCCACAGAGGUGUGUUUCCCCCUGUGCAGUGUGGAGAAUGGAGAAGAUGUGACGUUAUCCUGGUACAGAGGGACUGAGAGACUCAAUAUCACCAAUAACACAGAUCUCAGUGUUAACCUCAGUCUCACACUGCAAAUACACAACCAGGACAUUAACACUAACACUUACACCUGUGUGUCUGCAAACCCUGUCAGCAAUAAAACAACUUCUCUCAGCAUCACACAGCUCUGUGAUCAUCACCCAGCAGAAUCUAAACGCUCCCGUAUCCUGCUUCCUGUCCUGAUACCUGCUGGAGUUCUUGUGCUGUUAUCAGUGUUAGUAUUUCUGUGUGUUUGGAGAAAAAAGGAAAAGGACGAAGUUUCUGAUAAAUCUGAGGAUCUGACUUACUCUGAUGUGAAACUCAGUCCAGAGAGAGUUAAAGCGGAAGAAAACUGGAGUGUGACGUGUGUUGAAGAGAACGGCUCAGUGGUGUACUCAGAGAUGGUUAAGGAUGCCGAUGGGAAUAAGUCUGACUCCUGAAGUUUUUCAGCGCAAACUGACACAAGCCUUGGAGGAUCUGCCUGGCCUGUAUAUCAUUGCAGACGAUGUGCUAAUAACAGGGCAAGGUCACUUACCUUCGACGUUCGAUGGUUUCUUACCUCUAACACUGUGGCUACGUCACAUAGAAAAAUAGUGGUGUAAAGUGUGUACCCAAGCAAUAAAAUGAAAUUAUUAAAAUUAAAAGUGAUUUCAGUCGGUAAAGGGCAAGGGUGCAAACAUAAACUAGAUGAUCCUGUUCUUUGAUUCCUCAGACGUCACUGCAUCAAGAAUCGUCAUUUCUCUAUAGGUAAUAUAACCACCUGGGCUCACGAUUACUUGGGCAAACUUGAGUUAAGCACUACAAUAUAUACUCUACAUCCAUAAAUUCUGCUUUAAAAAAUGGUAUUGUGCCAAAAGGCAGCCUUUUGUUAACAGUGUCCAGAAGGACCGUUAACUGCUCUGGGCUCUGGGGCAUCUGGAAUGGACGGGAUGGAUGUGUGCUGUGGUCAGACGAAUCCGAAUUUCACAUCUGUUUUGGAAGGAAUUGACACUGUGUGCUUUAGACCAGAGAUGAAAAGGACCUUCCAGACUUGGAAAAAGUAACUUAAACAUCUUUGAUGGCAGCAUUAAUUAUGAAAAGUACAUCUUUUAACAAGAAAAUAAAAAAACCUCAUACUGCACGCAUUACCCAGGCAAGGCUGCAGAAGAAAAGAGAUUUAUUUAAGAGUAAUCUGAUGUGUAAUUACUUUUCUAUUUACAGAGUUUACAAUGGAAUACUGUCUGAAGUGAAGAUGAUCUGAAUGUCAUACUAUUGUAACUGGAGCAGGAUUCUUUGAAGACGGGUUGGCGCUGCCCCAAUGGGUUUGGAGAACAUCACCUCAAGCAAUUUUUGAUCUAACCGGACUCUGUUCGGAACGCCAUAAACAUACUGAUGAAAUUUCUUCAGAGCGAAAACCAGAGCAGUAGCUUUUAGCUGCAGAUAGGGCUUAUGAUGCAUAUAAUUGAAAUAGGUAUCAGCACCCCACUAUGUAACUGGAUA